CGUUCCAAACCCCGCCCGCCCAAGCAGGCAGGCAGAGCUCUGGCCCGAGAAGCCCGGGCCCCUUCACCCCCCCCUCGGCGGCGAGCCUCGGGAGCGCGCGCGUGCGCCUCCUGGAACGUCUGGCUGGCGGCGGAGCCGAGCCUGAGCCAGUGCUGGAGCAGGAGCCGAAGGGGCAGGAGCUGGGUUUGGGGAGCGGCUGCGGGAGCCGCGUGAAAAAGGGGGGCGGGUUUCCAGUGCAGUAGCAGGAGAGUCCCCGGGGUUACAAAAGCCGCAGAUCGCCGUAGACUUCUAGCUUGCGAACCGGUGCUGUUCAACCCUCAAACAAGCAGCACCUGAAAAGACCUUUGGAAUUAUUAUCCUUAUUAUUUUUAAAGCAUUAUUAUUAUUUUUGAAUGGAGUUGAUCCCGAGUCAGGGGGUGACUAUCUGUGCAACAAGAUGGGCUUUGCUGUUGCCCUUGUGGGGAAGAAUAGUCGCUUGAUUUUCCAUUUCUGGUCCUUUUCGAGGUUAGGAGCCCUUAGACGGUGCAUGUAGGGGAAUAAGCAAUAGUAAAGAAUUGGGUUUUCAUUUAAAAAAAUUACUAUUAGAUCCCUUUUUCCCUCCCUUGCGGAAGAGACUUCGAGUCACCCGGUGAUUUCUCCCCUGGUCGCCUCCCUUUUUUGGGGGAAGUCACUUUAAAAAGGUUGAAAAAGCACCCCCAACCCUCCCCAACCCAACGCGGCUGAGCUGAGCAGCAGCGGGAGGCGGCGUGGAAUUGAAGCGCUCUCGCUGCCGGACUGUCUGCCCGAGCCGGGAAAAUGGAGGCUGUGAUUGAGAAGGAAUGCAGUGCUCUGGGAGGGCUCUUCCAGACCAUUAUCAGCGACAUGAAGGGGAGCUAUCCAGUUUGGGAAGAUUUCAUAAACAAAGCAGGAAAACUCCAGUCCCAGCUUCGGACUACAGUAGUAGCAGCAGCUGCCUUCUUGGAUGCCUUUCAGAAAGUGGCUGACAUGGCUACCAACACACGUGGCGGUACCAGAGAAAUUGGAUCUGCCCUGACCAGGAUGUGUAUGAGACACAGAAGCAUAGAAACCAAACUGAGGCAGUUCUCUAGUGCUUUAAUUGAUUGCCUGAUAAACCCACUUCAAGAACAGAUGGAAGAAUGGAAGAAAGUGGCCAACCAGCUGGAUAAAGACCACGCAAAAGAGUACAAGAAAGCCCGUCAAGAGAUAAAAAAGAAGUCAUCAGAUACACUGAAACUUCAGAAGAAAGCCAAAAAAGCUGAAACUGUGGGAAGAGGAGAUAUCCAGCCCCAACUGGACAGCGCGUUGCAGGAUGUCAAUGAUAAAUACCUUCUGCUGGAAGAAACGGAAAAACAGGCAGUCAGAAAGGCCUUGAUCGAGGAGCGUGGCCGAUUCUGUGCCUUCAUCUCAAUGCUCCGGCCAGUGAUUGAAGAAGAAAUCUCCAUGUUAGGGGAAAUAACUCAUCUGCAGACCAUAUCUGAAGAUCUCAAGAGCCUCACCAUGGAUCCCCACAAGUUGCCAUCAUCAAGUGAACAGGUAAUCCUAGAUUUGAAAGGUUCUGAUUACAGUUGGUCAUAUCAAACUCCUCCAUCUUCUCCCAGUACAACCAUGUCCAGAAAAUCCAGUGUUUGCAGCCUGAACAGCGUUAACAGCAGCGACUCUCGGUCGAGUGGCUCACACUCUCAUUCCCCCAGUUCACAUUAUCGCUACCGAAGCUCCAAUCUGCCCCAGCAGGCUCCCAUGAGGCUGUCCAGUGUAUCUUCCCAUGACUCGGGAUUCAUAUCCCAGGAUGCUUUCCAGUCCAAAUCACCAUCCCCAAUGCCACCGGAAACUCCUAACCAGAAUUCGUCCAGCUCAGCCUCUUCAGAAGCCUCAGAAACCUGCCAAUCAGUGAGCGAGUGCAGUUCCCCCACCUCAGUCAGCUCAGGCUCCACCAUGGGGGCUUGGGCUUCCACAGAGAAGUUGUCUAACGGGUUUUAUCACUAUAGUUUACCAAGUGAGCCCCAUGUAGCAUCAGUGGGUGCAGGUCUUUAUCCUCAUUGCCUGCCUGCCUCCCGUCUGUGCCCUCGGGCGACCUCUGCCCUCCUUCCAGACCACGUUCAUUAUUACACCAUUGGGCCGGGCAUGUUACCGUCAUCUAAGAUCCCUAGCUGGAAGGACUGGGCUAAGCCGGGCCCAUAUGACCAGCCUGUGGCAAACACCUUACAACGCCGCAAAGAGAAGCGCGAACCCGACUCCAAUGGAGGACCCCCUGGCAUUCCGCCCGCACCUGCCGAGGAGGCUCAGAGGCCUCGGAGUAUGACCGUUUCAGCCGCCACCAGGCCUGGAGAAGAGAUGGAGGCAUGCGAGGAGCUUGCGCUGGCCCUCACCCGGGGCUUACAGCUGGACCCCCAGAGGAGCAGCCGAGAUUCCCUGCAGUGCUCCAGUGGGUACAGUACCCAGACGACCACCCCGUGCUGUUCAGAGGACACAAUACCUUCACAAGUUUCAGAUUAUGAUUAUUUCUCUGUAAGUGGUGACCAGGAGACAGAGCAGCAGGAGUUUGACAAAUCCUCUACCAUUCCGAGAAACAGUGACAUUAGCCAGUCCUAUCGCAGGAUGUUUCAGGCCAAACGCCCAGCUUCAACUGCUGGUCUCCCCACUACCUUAGGACCUGUGAUAGUUACUCCUGGUGUAGCAACCAUCAGACGGACCCCCUCUACUAAACCUUCUGUACGAAGGGGAACCAUCGGGGCUGGACCCAUUCCCAUCAAGACUCCAGUGAUUCCUGUCAAAACCCCAACUGUCCCUGAUCUACCAGGUAUGCUGGCAAGUCCUCAGGGAGGGCCUGAGGGGCAUGGAGAACACAGCCCAGAGUCACCUUCUGUGGGUGACACCACCCAGGGUGGCACUAGCAUGCCCUCCUCCAUGUGGAGUGGUCAAGCCUCUAUCAACCCACCACUGCCAGGCCCAAAGCCAAGUGUCCCGGAGGAGCAGAGACAGAGUGCUCCAGAAACAGAGGAUGAAGAAACAGAAGGGGAUCACUCAAGUGCCACUAGCUCCCCUGGCCAGACCCCAGAGUGCAGCAACCCAGGAGAUCUGAGCCCUGGAGACACCCUGCAAGGUGAAGAUAUGCUGAAUGCCAUUCGCCGUGGUGUAAAACUGAAGAAGACACUGACAAAUGAUCGAUCAGCCCCUCGCUUAUCUUAAGGUUUCUAAAAAUACUGCCAAGGUUAAAAUGAAUGGAAAAUGAACUGUUUAAAUCUUAAAUUUGUUUUGAUUCAUUCCAAUCUAUAAUCAAACAAAAGAUUUUGUAGGAAACUCAAAAUUAGAGCAUUGUUUUGAAAGUACUAUAUAUCAUAAAACACUGAGAAUUAAAAACAUGCAUAAGUAACCAUCAUAAUCUUUAUUGAUGUUUUAAUUUGUAAAUACCGACAACUUUCUGCAUAUUUUGUUCUUAAGUUUCCCUUUUAAUUUUUCUGAAGGUGCCAAAUCCCAUAACUUUUUUAUAAGCCUUUGUAAAAUUUUAAAUGCAUAACUGGGGGGGAGGGAGGGGGAGUUGGGGAGAAUCACAAAAUAGCAAACUUCAGCAAAGGGAUUCAUAAUUGGCUUUUUUGCAAGCUUUUGUAGAUGCAUUGUGAUAGUGUGGUUUCAAUAAAAUGGGCUUAUUUUAAUGUACAAAUAAAA